UACUCUUAUUGACAUUGUUGAAGUCCAAGGUCCAAGUUAAGGUCCGAGUGUUUUCCUUUAUAUCUAUUAUUUUUUAUGGUGUUUGUUUUUCAUUCUGACAAAUUGGAGUUGGUUGCGAAUUCCAAGAUUCCAAGUAUUUUUUAUCUUUUUGUGAAUCAUAAUUAUUCCGUGAUUAUACCAUAUUAUUAAAAAUUUGAUCUCUUUUAUGUGGAGAUCAGACAUUGGCAUAGUUUUAGACCAAGUCUAUUGCUGUAGAAAUUUAAUUGUCGUUGACUAUAAAACGUUUGAUUAAAAGGUAAUUGAUACCGAGGCUAAAAGCAGCUAAAAGCUUUUUAAGCCCUCCAUAGUAGUUGAUUAAAGUAUCCAGGAAAAUGUCUCUCUAUCCUAGUCUGGAGGAUAUGAAAGUUGAUCAGUUGGGUAGAGCUCAAGCAGAAGCAUUUAGCAGCUAUAGCAAUCCUCCACCGUACAAUCCUGGGACUUAUAAUGCAGGAGCUGUGUCAGUGGAUGUCGGAAAUGCAUAUCCAUCCCUUGGUAAUUAUAUGGGAUUGGAAUUAAGUGAACUAGUUAUUAAGGAAAAUAUGCCAGAAUAUCUACAACAUCAGCAAAUAUCAAUUUACCAACAGGUAUUUAUAAUGUUAUUGCUCAUAAUUUUCACAUUUUUUGACCUUUAUUGGGUAAUUCCAGCAGAAUAUUAUUUGUCCAUUCACUAUGACUAAUUCUUCUUUUAAAAC